GGUGAGGUGACGCUGCGGUUUGCUUUCCCGCCCGCAGAGACGCCGGUCCGGUUCUGCCGCAUCAGCAGAGGUGGAGGACCCGGACCCAGCCACCAUUCAGCCAGGCACACCGAGAGUCCUGCGCUAUUUUCUUAUUUAUUUAUUUUGCGGCUCCCGCUGCUCCAUGCUCCGGCUAAACUGUCGUCAACCAACCGGCCUGCGGUGCGCUACCUGGGGAUUCUCGACCAUAAUCAACCACGUGGAGAAAGAUCUUUACAAGUCCUGGAUGGAGUAAAAGCCAGCCCUGAUGAUCCUCACCGAAUGUAAUGCUGCUGACAGGCAGGGAGCCCGGUACUCAAACCUGACCGGAGUGUAUAUUGAGGAACUGGCUGCUCCUCCUCCUGCACCUCCUGUGACCUGGCUGCCUCCCGACGUCCUCGGCCAUGGUGUACGUUUGCGUCUGCGUCUAGAUCGCCAUGACCACCGCGGGCGGGGCUGCUGGCACCUAGUCGACUUGGAGGCAGAGGCAGAGCCAGAGCCGGUCGGGAAGACAACGGGAAACCCAGAUCCUGGGGCCUGCACACAAAGUCGGAUGAGUACCCUGUCUGCUGGCUCCGAGAUGCAAACUUCAACUCUGGAAGCCCAGUUCCUAGUGGGCCCCCAGGCUAAAGUAACUGGCCGGAAGCGAGGACGGCCACCUAUCCGGAAGCUGGAUUUCCAGAGCCACUAUGUGGAUUCUCUGUCGCCCCUCAAGGUCCCGAAGAAGAGAGGAAGGAAGCCCGGCUUUAAGCUGAAGCCCAGGAUGGUGAUGUCACCACUCGCCAACUCUCCUCCCAGCAGCACACCAGAACCUGAGAUGGGCUCGAUCCCGCAAGACGCAGCUAUUGUCCCCCACUCGGCCACGCCACAGGUCCUAACAGACAGCCCAAUGCCCGACGAUUUCACGUGUGACCCGCCAACAGACUCCAAGCGCUACACCAUAGAUCCCAGCGACUCUGCGUUCAACAUCAUGGCAUCCCAGUACCAAACCAAGCAUUCUUAUGUCUAUCGUAGCAACAGCUGCUCCACCCCACUGGGUCUAUGCAGACAAGUUUCCAGCCCGGCGAGUUUCCAGGACGGAAACAGAAACGCCCUCAGCCCUUUCCCAGACACUGGAGAUGGCAAGCGUCUUGCGGGGAAGGACCCAUCCAACUGGGGAGUAGAGGACGUGGUGUGGUUCAUCAAAGAAGCAGACCCUCAAGCCCUGGCACCCCAUGCUGAGGCUUUCAGGAAACAUGAAAUAGACGGAGACGCACUCUUGUUGCUGAAAAGUGAGAUGAUGAUGAAGUAUCUGGGACUGAAGCUGGGGCCCGCGCUCAAACUCUGUUUCCACAUCGACAGGCUCAGACAGAAUCGCUCGUAAUUUCCUGUCAGAGAACCGACGGCUCACGCUGACAAAAAAAAAAACAUCACUCCAAUGUCCUGAAGAGGAGGUGGAGUAGAGACCUUGGUGCUUUCACUGCUUCUGAACCACUUUUUGUUGACAGACUCGACGCUUUAUGUGUACAUACGCCGACUAUUUGCUACCUUUUUUUACUUACUACUUGCGUGGCUUUAAACUGUAAAUAUUUCUGCUGCAUACAGGCAUCGACUAACAUGAACCAUCAGCAGCAUUAAUCUAAGCAGACAAUAAUCAUGACCACAGAGUGCUAAGCUUAAAGGCCUAUGAAGCCAGAAAUCUAUCAUGGUGUUUUACCUCAUUUUCAUACUAAAACUCACUAGUACUGUUCAGUUCCUCUGCUACUUGUUUUAAUACAAUAUUUUCUCUCAAACUAUAGUAUUUCUAACAGUUGGAUCUGUGAAACCCACUUUUAAAAUUCUUGAUUUUAAAGGGAUCUGAUAGUGAACUGCUGCUGCCGAAAUACACCAGUGGUGUUUCUCCAAUAAGAGGUUGUAAAAGGUUUAAAAGCCUUCAAAAGGCUAACAGUAUUUAAACCGAUGCAACUUGGUGCUGCCCCUACAUCUACACCUAACCCAGCUGAUCCAUGUCUUGGAUUUCUAAUUUUGACUCUCAACAGAUUGCCAUUAAUCUUAAGCAAUACCUCAUUUCAUGCCAUUCUGGGCAUAAAUGGCUUAGCGGAAAGAGUGUUUGAUCAUACAUUUGUAAAAAGAAACUAUGUAGCAUUAAGAGUUUUCUCAUGUGACGCUGUAUAACAAACCUCUUGUUGACCGUAAGGAAUAAUCUCAUGCUGUACAGACAAACUUGUGACAUGUGCUAAAUUUAUGGCAAACCUUUGAUUAAACUUGUUUUUUUUUUGUUU